AUGUCCAGUUUGAUGAAUAUUUUGAUAACUUUUCCUUCACAUCCACUCCGGAUCCGUGGGAUCCCGAGCCCAGCAACAGAGACAAAUCCAGAGCCAACUCAGAAAGUACAAAAUGUAGAUUCUACCAGGUUCCCUGAAAUCUCAAGCGAAGAAAUUGAAGAGCUCAAGGCUGUUGUCAUCAAUAGAAAUACGUCCAACACGACAGAACAGUGGAUUAAUAUAUUCAAAAGUUGGUGCCAGUCCUGGCAUCCAGAAAAUGUAAACAUAGAAACAAUGGCGCCAGAAGAGCUUGACAACAUCCUGAGCAAGUUCUACGCCAAAGUAAAGAAAAGGUAUUUAAAGGAGAGGAAUUAUGCACUGAACAUGGUAUAAUAAAGGGAGUUUCACAACUCACAAGAAAUCCUCCCCACAAAGGCAAUUUCUCUUCAACAACAAGGAAAGGGGAAAAGAUGAAACAAAUUCCAGCCUCUCACCCCUCCUACCCCUCUGGGUAAAAGGUCAGCUUGGUGAUUUCAACAGAAAGAUCAAUGUUAACUUCAAAAAAAUUGACUGAGCAAGUUGGAUUUAGAGGUCGCCAGGAGUACUGAAGCCUACGUAGAGGACUUCAUCAUAAGACAACAAGAAGAGGGCAAGGAAGUUGUACAAUUCCAAGAAGGUCCCACUAAAACACGAAGUGGUGGUCUAACAAUAUUGCGAAGACCAACACUGCAAGCUAUGUAUUCCACCAAUGGUGGAAAAACCGAUCAAGUGCACCUCUUCAAGCUUUGGUUAUCCAAGAGACCCGACGGA